AUGGAAUCAAGUACAAAAGAACUUGGUUUAUACAUAGCAUAUGGUGCUAUUUUAACAAUGGCAGUUAUACCUAUCUAUUCAGGUUCACUUAGUACUAUUAAAACUAUGAAACGACCUUCUAAUGCACCAAAACUAAAGAAAUCAGAAGAGAAUCCUUUAGAAGAUUCGGAUGAUGAAGAUGAACCAACUAUUGAAAGCUUAUCUAGUGGUGAUGCUUAUCUUUUCCCUAUUAUUGGUUCCAUUGUUCUCUUUGGUUUGUAUCUCGCUUUUCGAUAUUUAGAUAAAGAAUAUAUUAAUUACGUGAUGACCCUCUAUAUUUCCAUUACGGGAUGCAUGGCUAUAACCAAGACCUUCCUUAUGAUGGCUAAAGCCAUUAUGCCCAUGAGUAUAUUAAAGCAUGUUGCUAAAUAUAAAGUUACACUUUCUAAAAGAACAAAGAAUAUUUCCCAUAUCAGUUUUACAGUCAUUCAUGGUUAUCUUUUGUUAGCUUCUAUUUUAUUGACAGUAUAUUACAGUUAUACAAAGAAUUGGAUUGCAUCCAACAUUUUCGGACUUUCUCUUUCUAUAAACGCAAUUCAGCUUAUUUCAUUAGACUCCUUCAGGACAGGUAUAAUUUUAUUAACUGGACUCUUCUUUUAUGAUAUCUUUUGGGUCUUUUAUACACCUGUGAUGGUAUCAGUGGCAACCAAUUUUGAUGCACCUAUCAAGCUUUUAUGGCCUAGAGAUAUUAUUGAAUUUAUCAUGAAUAAGGCAGGGGAAGGACGGUUUACGAUGCUUGGUUUAGGUGAUAUCGUGAUUCCUGGUAUUUUUGUUGCUCUCUGUCUUCGAUUUGAUCGUCAUAUGUCAUGGAAACGUAAUCCUACUGGCUCAUUCAGAUCCACUCAUUUCCCAAAACCCUAUUUUAAGGCUAAUUUGACGGCUUAUAUUCUUGGAUUAGCUUUAACAAUGACAGUGAUGCAUUUCUUUAAGGCUGCUCAACCUGCAUUAUUAUAUUUAAGUCCUGCUUGUAUCUUGUCUGCUUUGAUGACUGCCGCUAUUCGUGGCGAAUUAAAAGAUUUAUUUGCAUAUACAUCAGAAGAUGAAGAUGAUGAAAAGAAGAAGAAAGAGGGAAAACAAUCAAAGACGACUGAAGUUAUUAUUGAGGAGGAGGAAGAAGUGGUGAUUACGACAACCACUACUAUUACCGAAUCAAAUAAUAACGAGGAGAUUGAAUUAGAGGAAGAAGGAGAAGAAGAUAGUGAAACAAAAGAGGACACUAAAAAGGUUACUGGAAGUAAAAAGAAUACAACUUCUAGUAGAAAAAGAAAGAACAAAAAGAGUAAAUAA